CUGGGAUGUAUUCCAGUUGUCCUGUCGGAUGAUUGGGAAUUGCCUUUUUCGGAAAUAAUCGACUGGCGUCAAGCUGUUGUUUUUGGUCAUGAAGAUACUGUGCUUACGGUUUCGGAUAUUCUCAGUUCGAUUCCAGUUAAUCGUAUACUGUUUAUGAAGCAACAGUCGCGAGGUUUAUAUCUGCGUUAUUUUAGCAGCGUAGAAAAGAUUGUGCUCACUUCGUUGCAGAUAGUCGAAGAACGAAUCAAAAGACAGCGAGGUGAAGAGCCAAGAAAUUGGAAUCGCUUGUUUCCGCCUGUUAAUAUGCCAACAGUGAACAACGAUUAUGGUUGUACAAUCAUCAUAUUUUGGCCAAAAAAUCGUGAAAUGAAGUCAAAUUUCGAUAAAUAUGGUUCAAAAGUAACUAUGCAGGAGGGUAAUUUUGAUACGCACUAUGAUAUUGUUAGCCAAACUCAGUCGUUUCGGACCACAAUUGUUGGCCGUUUUGUAUUAUUUUUGGAUGAACGCGUUACCAUCACAGCCGAUGAUGUUCAGUUUGUGCUGGAUGUGGCGAACACGGAACCGGAAAGACUUUAUGGGUUUUUUCCAGCUCAUUUGAAGGUUUCAAUUAUUCUGUAAUU